AGCCAACAAGUGAAUUUCAUUCUACAUAAAUUUACAUUUAAAUUGUUCAAGUAAUUGGGUAUAUUAUUAUAUAUCAAUUUAGAAAUUGUUUUGUUGUACACCAAUUCAACAUAUUCGAUGUUUCAAGAAUAAUGACUUUUAAUUCUUCCACAGGACAAUUGAUAAAUUUAUCACAUAAUCAUAAUUCACACAACGAGAAUCGUAAUUUUCGAAUAAAUUCAGUACUUGGAUUACCAAACUUACUAGGGUUACAAUCAAAUAAUUUACCAAUAUCUCAUUCCAUACAUAAUUCACGUUUAGAUUCACAAUCUAGUUUAACCAUGUCCACAGCAGCGAUGAAUCCAAGCACAGUCACAGAUUUCUAUGAUCAGCGAAAUCAACAAUCCAUGAAAUUACCCAUACCAUCAUGGUUAAAUAAUAACGUAUGGGAUAAGAAACAUUAUGCUGAUCUAAUAUGUAAUUUCAAAUCUCCAUCGAAUUUAAGUGAAAAUUUAGUAGAAGCGAACAGAAAUAAUCACAGUUUAUCUGAAUCAUCGUUUGAAGAUACAAAUGAACAUGAUCAAACACAUUCUCUUUUCAAGUGUCUUAAAAAUACGACUGAGUCAACUGGACCCACUGUUUCAUCGAUGAUUGGCAAUACAAACAAUUCAACACCAGUGUCAUCUACGACAACACAAAAAACUAAUUCAUCAUUUUCUCCUAGUCGUUUUUUAACUGUAGAUUCAAAUCAGCAAAAUCAGGAAACUACAGGAGAUAAUCAUCAGUUGUCGGGUACUCUAACUACAACCAUGAAUACAAUAACUACUUCUACAGUAGCUACAUCUGUUCUAAAUGAUGUUCAUAAUAUGAAAAUGAAUUAUUCUCAAUCGGUUAUAGCAAUGGCAGCAAUGGCUGCAGCAGCAUUAGCUACAAAUAAUUUUAAAAUGUCAUCAACAUCAUCACCAUGUAAUUCAUUGAUCAAUGGAAUGAAUCUUGGCAGUUGUAUAAACAAUGGUAGUAAUAAUAUUAAUAAUAGUAUUGACAAUAUAAACAAUAAUACACCAGAUAUUAAUUCAAUUAUGAAUGCUGUAGCGUCUGUUAUGGGAUCACAUCUAUUAUUCAACAGUAAUAAUAAUAAUAAUAAUUAUAAUGAUAAUAAUAAUAGUAAUGAUAAUCAUAAUAGUAAUAACAGUAUGAGUAGUAUGAACAGUCACGCAAUAAAUAAUUGGAAAAUGGACACUUUACAAGUGAUAAAAGAUAAAGAUACAAAGAAAAACAGCAGUAAUACAUCACCAUCAUCAUCGUCAUCAUUACCAACCAAUUUCAAAUCAUGUCCAAAUUCAUUGUUGUUGCAACCAAAUUUCAGUCAUCAAUUUAACAUGGACUCAUCAAAUUUAUUACUGUCAUCAACAUCUCCUACGUCAUCAACAGGAGCGACAACAUCGUCAGAAACAAGUGGGAUUCGACCAGAAGUAGAAUUAAUUGAUAAGUCAUUAUGGGAUAAAUUUCACUGUCAUGGUACCGAAAUGGUGAUUACUAAAAGUGGAAGACGAAUGUUUCCACCAUUCAAAGUGAAAAUUACUGGUUUAGAAAAACGUGCUAAAUAUAUUGUUUUAAUGGAUAUUGUAGCAUUGGAUGAUUGUCGAUAUAAAUUUCAAAAUAAUUUAUGGACAGUUGCAGGAAAAGCUGAUCCUGAAAUGCCUAAACGUAUGUAUAUUCAUCCAGAUUCUCCAUCAACUGGUGAACAAUGGAUGCAAAAAAUUAUCUCUUUUCAUAAACUUAAAUUAACCAAUAAUAUUUCUGAUAAACAUGGUUACACAAUACUCAAUUCAAUGCAUAAAUAUCAACCAAGAUUUCAUUUAGUACGAGCUAAUGAUAUAUUAAGAUUACCAUAUUCAAAAUUUCAUACUUAUACAUUUAAAGAAACUCAAUUCUUAGCAGUUACUGCUUAUCAAAAUGAAAAGAUAACACAAUUAAAAAUAGACAAUAAUCCAUUCGCUAAAGGAUUUCGUGAAUCUGGUGGAGGGAGACGUGAUAAAAAGCGAUUAGAUAAUUUAAAAUAUUCAAAUCGACCUCUCAUUCAUAAUUGUGAUGAUGAUCAAAAAAAUGGAACACAUGAAAUAUAUGAAAGUCCCAAUAAUACAUCAUCAGAUACAGAAAAUGAACAUGAAUUCGAUGAUUUAGAUAUGCAUUUACCUUUACCAUUUAAUGAUAAACAUAAUUUAUCUAUAAAAAAAUUAUUACCAUUACAUAUGAACAGAACAGAAUCAAAAUCUGUUAAACAUUCUAAUAAACGUAAUGGAUCGAAAGGAUUAAUUGAUUUUACUGGUCGAGUUGGAAAAAUACGUCGAACACAUCAACAUAAUCAAUACUUUUAUUCUUCUAAUGAUAAUAUAUAUACAACAGAUUUCUCUGUAAAUAAUGAACAUAAUUUAUAUUAUCCAAAAGGUAUCGACUCAAAACAACAUCAUUCAUCAUCAAUGUUUUUAUGUUCAUCUACAUUAAAAAAUAAAAAUAAUUUAUGUUCUUCACCUUAUACAGAUUUAAAAUGUAAUACUUUAAAUAAUUUUUCUAAACUCAAUGAAAUUCCACCAAAUGUAACAGUUAUUUCAAGUGAAUCAAUUGGAUAUUUUAAUCAUCCUACUAUUAAUCAACAUACAAUUAUAAAUCAUGAAAAUUCUAAUUAUUUAUCACAAUCUGAAAAAGUUAUUGAUCCGGAAAAAAUUGGAUCAUCUACUCAUACUACUACUUAUAAUAAUAAUAAUAAUAAUAAUAAUAAUAAUAAUAAUAAUAAUAAUAAUAAUAAUAAACAGUUCAAUUCUAGUCCAUUGAAUAAAUUUCUUUCAAAUUGGACAAAUCAUUUGACAUCACAAUUAAUUCAAAAUCAAUUAUUCGAUCAAAAAUUAUCCAAUUAUUCUUCAGUUUCAUCUAAUUCAUCUUUACCACAGUCAUUCUCAUUAGCAACCACAUCAACAAUACAAAAUUCUUUUCAAAAUUCAAUAAAUUCAAUGCCAUAUUUACAACAACCAAAUGAAUCAAUGAAUAGAUCACAUUUUAAUUCUAUGAAUCCAUUGUCAAAUUAUACCGCAAAUUUAGCUAUUUACAUGCAACAAUAUCCACAAUUUCUAUCACAUAUUUUAUCGUUAUUUCAUCAGAAUUCUUUACCUUUAGAUACAUCUCAUAGAAAUUAUGUCACUACAUCAAGUCCACAAUUAAAUGAUAACAAUAUUGUUACAACUAAUCAUUAUCCAAUAAAUCCGAAUUAUAAUUCUACUAUAACUAGUAAGAAUAAUAACAAUGAUACUACUUCAUGUAAUAUUGAUGUUAUAAAUGAAGAUGUUGAUAUAAUCAUGUCUAAAUCAAAAUUAAAUUCAGAACAACGAUCCCCUGAUUUUUCUAUUGAUGCGCUAACUAGUUUACAACAAAAUUCUAGAUCACCAAAAUCAAUAAAUCAAUCUGUUCCAUCAUCUUCUUCUUCAUCAUCAUCACCAUCACCAUCUUCAUCAACAUCACCCUCUUCUUCGCAUAUAAUUAUUAGUGAAUCAUUGUCUGUACAGUCAACCGAUUCAGAUGAUCAGUCAAUUUGUAAACAACCGGGAAGUGAUUCCAUCAAUAAAAUAUCUACAGAGAAAAAGAAUAAAAGAUAAUAAAAAAUUUUUUCAGUAAACAAUAACAAUAACAUCAUCAUUGUGAAUAAUAAACAUGAAUUAUAGUUGUUUCUUUAAAUCAUAUGGUCAUUUUGGCUUAUUGUUCAAUGGAUCUAAUAUACAUGUAUUUAUACAUACAUGAGAGAUGAUGAGAGAAAAAAAACACAUGAAUUCUGUGAUUAAAUUACAAAUUUUAAUGCCC